CUCAGGAUGGCUCAGGGAUCCGGGGAUCAAAGAGCAGUGGGGAUUGCUGAUCCAGARGAGAGUUCUCCCAACAUGAUAGUCUACUGCAAAAUCGAAGACAUCAUCACAAAGAUGCAAGAUGACAAGACGGGAGGAGUGCCCAUCAGGACAGUCAAGAGCUUUCUCUCCAAAAUCCCCAGUGUCGUCACAGGUACUGACGUUGUGCAGUGGCUCAUGAAGAACCUGUCCAUCGAGGACCCAGUUGAAGCAAUACACUUGGGAAGCCUUAUCGCCGCCCAGGGCUACAUCUUUCCAAUCUCCGACCACGUUCUCACCAUGAAGGAUGAUGGUACCUUCUAUCGUUUCCAGGCUCCUUACUUCUGGCCUUCCAACUGCUGGGAACCUGAGAACACUGACUAUGUCCCUCCAUCAUCUCCAGCAGAGGUGUUGCUGAGCCACGAGAAGACGGAGGGGCCARCCACCGAAAACCUAGCAAGACUCCAGAGGGCGUUUGCAAGGAAGUGGGAAUUCAUCUUUAUGCAAGCAGAGGCGCAAGUGAAGAUAGAUCGGAAAAAGGACAAGACGGAACGGAAAAUUUUGGAUAGUCAGGAACGUGCCUUUUGGGAUGUCCACAGACCAGUGCCAGGCUGUGUGAACACCACAGAAAUGGACAUCAGAAAAUGUCGGCGUUUGAAGAAUCCACAAAAGGUUAAAAAGUCCGUGUACGGUGUGACCGAAGAGUCGCAGUCUCAGAGUCCUGUGCACAUACCCAGUCAGCCAAUUAGGAAAACUACAAAAGAGGACAUCCGGAAACAGAUAACAUUUUUGAAUGCACAGAUUGAUAGACACUGUUUGAAAAUGUCCAAAGUGGCUGAAAGCUUAAUUGCUUACACGGAGCAGUAUGUGGAAUAUGAUCCUUUCAUAACGCCCGCAGAGCCAUCUAAUCCCUGGAUCAGUGAUGACAUCGCCUUAUGGGACAUAGAGAUGAGCAAAGAGCCCAGCCAGCAACGAGUAAAAAGAUGGGGUUUCUCUUUCGAUGAGAUACUGAAGGACCAGGUGGGRCGGGACCAGUUCCUUCGAUUCCUGGAGUCCGAAUUCAGUUCAGAAAACCUCAGGUUCUGGCUGGCUGUCCAAGAUCUCAAGAAACAACCGCUACAGGAUGUGGCCAAGAGGGUGGAAGAAAUCUGGCAAGAGUUUCUGGCUCCAGGAGCCCCCAGUGCAAUCAACCUGGAUUCUCACAGCUAUGAGAUAACCAGCCAAAAUGUCAAGGAUGGAGGGAGAUACACCUUUGAAGAUGCCCAGGAGCAUAUCUACAAGCUGAUGAAAAGUGACAGUUAUGCCCGCUUCCUCCGGUCCAAUGCUUACCAGGACAUGCUGCUGGCCAGGAAGAAGCCAGAAAGUGAGCAAGGUCGUAGAACUUCCCUAGAAAAGUUCACUCGCAGUGUGGGAAAGUCGCUGGCGGGCAAGCGCCUCACCGGCCUGAUGCAGUCCUCCUGAGUGUCCC